AUGGCACACCUCGCCCCGACUGGCAAGUGGGACGCUCGGCUCCUUGGGCCCGUUCCCCACGACACCUCGUACUAUGCCAAGUGCAUGCUUGGCGGGAUCCUCGCGUGUGGUAUCACCCAUGCUGGCAUCACCCCGCUCGAUGUCACCAAAUGUAACAUGCAGGUCUCCCCCGGCAAAUACAAGGGUCUCGUUUCCGGCGUCAAGACGAUCAUCGCGGAAGAGGGCAGCCAAGGUCUCUGGAAAGGUGUCGGGCCGACUUUCAUCGGAUACUCGCUGCAGGGUAUGUUCAAGUACGGGCUGUAUGAGGUGUUCAAGGACGCGUACAUGAACCUCGCCGGGGAGGAGGCGUCGGCCAAGUACAAGGGCGCGAUUUGGCUCGCGGGCUCCGCGUCCGCCGAGUUCUUCGCCGACAUCGCGCUCUGCCCGCUGGAGAUGACGAAGGUGAAGAUCCAGACGAGUCCGGCGGGUACGUUCCCCGUGCCGAUGGUGGCGGCGAUGCGGGAGAUGAGCAGGCUCAAGGCGGACACGCGCUAUCCGUUCGGGUCGAUCGUGCCGCUCUGGUCGCGCCAGAUCCCGUACACGAUGGCCAAGUUCUUCUUCUUCGAGUACAUCGUCGGCCUCUUCUACACACACGUCUUCACCGCGCCUAAGGACACGUAUGGCAAGCCGACGCAACUCGGCGUCACGUUCGCGUCCGGCUACCUCGCGGGUAUCGUCUGCGCCGUCGUCUCGCACCCCGCGGAUUCGCUCGUCUCGCAGAUGGGCAAGCCCGCGAAUAAGGGCAAGGGCCUCGGCCAGAUCGCCAGCGAGGUUGGCAUCGUCUCGCUCGCGACCAAGGGUCUCGGUACCCGUGUACUCAUGAUCGGUACUCUCACUGGCUUCCAAUGGUGGAUCUACGACACGUUCAAGUCGUCCAUGGGGAUGGGCACGACUGGUGGCAAGUAG